CCAAAAAAUAUAAUUCGAUAAUUUUUAUCAGAUUACAGCAUCACAAAGUCAGUGCAAAAUCAUAUAAAAAAAAUUCGAAUAAAGAAAAAACGUAUCAUGCCAAACGAAACCAAACUAAAAAUAGAUAACAGAAAAUUUUGACUGACCGAUUACUAAGUCAGUCUUGGACAAAAACGAAGACUUGAAACGUCAACUCCGGUCUUCUUCCUUAUUGUCCCACCAAUAAUUUUACUUUUUUUCCUUCAAUCUCAUCUUCUUCCUCAAUCCUCUGAACAUCGACCACAUAUUUCUUCAUCCAUUGACCUCAAAAACUUGAUUUUCACUAUUGACUCUCUUUCUUUCUCUCUCUCUCUCUAGAUUUUCCAACAAAGCUAUGGAGAAACUCUGUUUUCGAAACUCAUUUUCUCGCUUUAUGACGACUGUGGUCAUUGUUCUUCUUCCUCGUUGCACUCUUUCUGCUACUUCUACAUAUUCUCAUCGUCCCGAGAAGUUUUAUGUCAACUGUGGGUCGGAUUCUAUUGUCACUUAUGGUGGUCGGACCUUCGUCGGAGAUAUGAUCUCCGGUGGUAACUCCGUUUCUUUCAACAGUAAAGGAACUGAAGCCAUCAACCAAUCAGGAUCAGGAAUCUAUGAAACGGUUAGAAUAUUCAGACGCCCUUCUUCUUACAAGUUCCAACUCGAUUCCUUUGGUCUGCACUUCGUGCGUCUCCAUUUCUCUGCUGUCUCUUCUCGGACAGAGCUUUUAACUGCUCGUUUCACAGUCUCAGCUACUUCUCACUUGAAAAGUUUCUCGCUUCAGAAUUUCAAUGAGACCCCACGAGUUGAGGAGUUUCUCCUGAUGAUUGACUCGCCAGAAUUCGAAAUUCGAUUUGUGCCCGAUCAUUCAUCCAUGGCUUUCGUCAACGCCAUCGAAGUGUUCUCUGCUCCUAAUGACCUAGAAAUUCCGUCAGACUCCGACAAGAAUCUGCAUACGGUUUACAGAUUAAACGUAGGAGGCAAGAAGAUCACACCAGAAAACGACACCUUGGGAAGAACUUGGUCAUUAGACGAGGACUUCCUCUACGAAAAAGAUUCUGCGAGGAACAUUAAUUCAACACAAAAGCCUAACUACGAGUCAGGGACAGCGACGCCAUUCACUGCUCCUGAUUUUGUCUAUCAGACAGCGAAAACGAUGAACCAUAGCUCGAAUGAGGGGAUGGCAGAUGGGAUGUUGAUGAACGUUACUUGGUCAUUUAAGGUCAAUAGCAACUCUAGACACUUCAUCAGGGUUCACUUCUGUGAUAUCAAGAGUGAAUCACAAAAUCCCGACUCCGAUUUCUAUCUCUAUGUAAACGGACAAUCACGACUAGGUGUAAAGCCUUCAGAGCGUAUUAGGUUGGUGACUCCGUUUUUCAAAGAUGUGAAUGUCUCUGAUGGUUUUGGACUCUUGAAUGUUACAAUAGGUACUAAGGAUUCCACUAAGGAUGCUGGUUUUCUGAAUGGUCUGGAGGUGAUGGAGUUUUUGAAAAAGUCGGAUUCUUCAGAUAAAAGUAGUUUCCGGGUUUACAUCAUUGCUGGCUGUGUUGUUGCUGCAUCGGUUCUGGUAUUGAGUUUGUUGUUCACAGUUUUCUUGAAGCAGAGGAGAUUGAAGAAGGAGAAGAAGUCAGAUGCUGAGGUCACUGAAUGGUCUCCUUUGCCAUUGUACAGAGGUGCUGGGAGUUCCGACAAUAUACCUUCUGAUCUGGUCAACAAUUCUCCAUUACGCAGCAAUAGACCUUUUGAUCCGGUCAACAAUUCGCCAUUACGCAACCUAAACUUAGGCUUGACAAUUCCCUUCAUAGACAUUAUGAGAGCUACAAACAAUUUCGACGAGCAGUGGUUGAUCGGGAGAGGCGGUUUCGGAGACGUUUACAAAGCCAUUCUUCAAAAUGGAAGCAAAGCGGCUAUCAAGAGAGGCAAGAGUGGUUCAGGACAAGGAAUAUUGGAGUUUCAAACAGAGAUUCAAGUCCUGUCGAGAAUCCGGCACAGGCACCUCGUUUCUCUAACGGGUUACUGCGAAGAGAACUCGGAGAUGAUCCUUGUCUACGAGUUUAUGGAGAAAGGUACGCUUAAAGAGCAUCUAUACGGCUCGGAUUUGCCUUCACUGACAUGGAAACAGAGACUAGAGAUCUGCAUCGGAGCAGCUAGAGGUUUGCAUUAUCUCCACAGUGGCUCAGAAGGAGCAAUCAUUCACAGAGAUGUCAAAUCAACAAACAUACUACUAGACGAGAACACCGUAGCCAAAGUUGCCGAUUUUGGGCUCUCGAAACUCGCGGUUCGUAAUCAAGAUCCCAUCAAUAUCAGCACUAACAUCAAAGGAACAUUCGGUUACCUGGAUCCUGAGUAUCUGCAGACACACAUCUUGACGGAGAAAUCAGAUGUUUACGCUUUCGGAGUCGUUCUCCUCGAGGUCUUGUGCGCGAGAUCGGCUCUCGAUACUUCUCUUCCUCACGAGGAAGUGAAUCUAGCGGAGUGGGCGAUGUUCUGCAAAUCCAAAGGGAUUACUGAUGAGAUCUUAGAUCCAAAAUUGAUAGGUCAGAUCGAGCCGAGUUCGUUGAGGAAAUACAUGGAAAUCGCGGAGAAGUGUUUAAAAGAGUACGGAGACGAGAGGCCGAGCAUGGGGGAUGUGAUAUGGGAUCUGGAGUAUGUUCUUCAGCUUCAGAUGAUGCCGAUUCGCAGAGAGCCUCAUGAGGAUAGCGCCGCGACGAUCUCCGGCGGCGAAGGCGAAAGCUCGUUGGUGAUUACGAGGUUGAUGGUGAGUGAUUCGUUUAGCUCAAACUCGAUUGUUCAGAAGAACGAAGGGAAGAGUAGCUAUGGAGGUACAGAUUCAUCGGUGAGUCGAGUUUUCUCCCAAUUGAAGAUCUCCGAAGCAAGAUAAAACGUUCCGAUUUGAAAAGCGUCUGGUUUAAAGCCUUUGAAAUUAAAAUCCGGUUAUUGCCGGUUUGAAUUUAUUCAUUUUAAAACAGAUGCAAAGUAAACUAGUCAAGGGACUCUAAUAUAAAAUUAAAUCCCGGUUAUCUUCGGUUU